UAUGUUCGGGGUCUUCUCUAGGGCGCGCAAGUCCCAGGCCAGCGAGACGUUCGUUCAGGGACGGCCUUCCUUUGCGACUGUCGCUAAGCGAAUCACCACCGUCGAUGGUUGAGUGAGCCAGUUGUUAAGCAAAUCUGGCUUCCACCCCCCCACCCGUCCGCAGGUCGCGAAAGGUGAUCCCGUCGACCUUUGGUCGUAAGGGGACCAAGAUCUGGAAAGCAUCGUCUGUGAAAGACGGGAAAUGGCAUUUCCACAGCAUCGGGAGAACUUUCUGGAAGCCCUGGAAAGGAGCGGAGCAGAGGCAGUCCGGCUGAUCUUGGUUGGAAAAUCCGGAGGUGGGAAGAGUGCCACAGGCAACACCAUCCUCGGCCAGAGAGAGUUUGAGUCCAUCUUGACAGUAAAGACCACCACCUUAAGAUGCCAAAGGGGGCAGGGCAGCUGGCAGGGCACAAUGGUCUCCGUGGUCGACACCCCCGGCAUGUUUGAUUCUGAAAACUACAAUGAGAUAGUGCGACGUGAGGUCAUGGCUUGCGUCGAACUCUCCCGGCCGGGCCCGCAUGCCCUCAUUUUGGCAACCCAGAUGGGACGCUUCACUGCGGAAGACAUGAUCGCUGCAAAAUGUGUCUGGGAUAUCUUUGGGGCCGAGUCCGCCAGGCACACAAUCGUCCUGUUCACCUGCGUGGAGGAUUUGGGCGGGGAGCCCCUGCAGGAGUACGUCCGAAAAUCCGACAACAGGAAUCUGCGGGACCUGAUCAAGCAGUGCGGGAACCGCUUCUGCGGGUUCAACAACAAGGCCGUGGGAGCUGAGCGGGAGAGGCAGGUCUCAGAACUGAUGGAGAUGGUGCAGAGAACCAUUUUGGAGAGCGGGGGGAGAUACUACUACAACCAGCUGUACUUGGAGCCCAAUUUAUGUGAUGAACACAUCAAGGUGUUCAUAGAUCGGAACAAAACAGGUCGGAGAAAAUCAGAACGAAGUUGGCUGCAUAAUCGCUAUUGCGUUGUCGGUCUCUUUGUGGUUAUUCUGUUUUUAAUUGUUCUUGUGAUAUAUUUUUUUCGUUAAGGUUUUCUCCUUUCUGAACGUCAGAUUGUUGUACUUGCAAUAAAAAAGGCUACUCAAAA